CACAUCGAAGUCUGGUGUUGCUGUGUCUACAUUGCUAAUUUGCUUGACCCUCCAACUUCAAAACCCUUGCAACUGGUUCUGAAACUCCGACCAAUCUGCGCAAGCAACGCUCUUGUAUAGAGAAAGGAAGCAUCAGUAGUUACCAUCUCUCGCUCUCGUUUUCUUCAAGGCUGCCACCAAAUGACGGACCUCUCAGAGGAGGCCAGGCAAAUCGAGAAGCUUUACGAGUUUGGAGAGAGGCUCAAUGAAGCCAAGGACAAGUCUCAGAAUGUGGCGGAUUACGAGGGGAUUAUCGCCGCCGCAAAUACGAGCAUUAAGGCCAAGCAACUGGCGGCUCAGCUCAUUCCUCGCUUCUUCAAGUUCUUCCCUGACCUUUCUUCCCGUGCUGUUAACGCUCAUAUCGAUUUGAUAGAAGAGGAGGAGCUCGGGGUCCGUGUGCAAGCCAUAAGGGGACUUCCCCUUUUCUGCAAGGAUACACCGGAAUAUUUGUCUAAAAUUGUGGACAUUCUUGUGCAAGUUUUAGCUUCUGGUAAGUUUUGUGAAAUAGUUUUUGUAAGGAAUGUAGGUUUUGUGAACUUGAUGGCUGUUGCUUUUGAG